AUGGCUGAUACUGAUUCUACCACGGGUUCUCCAAUUGGCGACACCACUAUGGUUCCCCCGCCGACGGCGCCGCCGACGUCCUCCCCUGCCAAGUCGGAUUUCCAUCCGGCCCUUGCUGUCACCAAUAUCAAAAACAACAUUCCUUUCAAACUCGAGAUAGACAAGGAUCAUUAUGCUAUGUGGGCUGAAUUGUUUGAGACUCAUGCUCACGCCACUCUGGUGCUCCACCACAUCAUUCCUCAAGCUGACAUGGAGCCUCCUGCGCGCACCGAUGCUUCCUAUGCCCGGUGGGCCACUCUUGACUCCACUGUCAAACAGUGGAUUUAUUCCACCAUCUCCUUUGACCUUCUCUCCACUGUUAUGGAGAAAGGUUCUACUGCUAUGGCUACUUGGAACCGUAUAGCUUCUAUGUUUGAGGACAAUCAGAACUCUCGUGCUGUCGCUCUCGACCAGGAUUUCAUCUCCACUCGCAUGGAGGACUUUCCUAAUGUUUCAGCCUACUGUCAGCGUCUGAAACAUAUCUCUGAUCAGUUGAGGAAUGUUGGUGCCCCAGUCAGCGACCAUCGUCUUGUUCUUCAGUUAGUCUCUGGUCUCACUGAGCCUUUCCGUGGUGUUGCCACCCUGAUCCGUCAGAGUGAGCCUUUGCCUCCAUUCCUCAAGGUCCGUUCCAUGCUGAUUUUAGAGGAAUCCGGUCUCGCCAGGAUGUCAGGUCCGGCCUCUCAGACUGCUUUGCACACCUCUGCUUCCCGUCCACAGGCCUCCGUUGACUCCUCUCAGCAGCGCCCCACCUACCGCAGCGAUCAGGGCCACUCCAACCCUCGUUAUGGGUCCGGGCCCAAUCGCAAUUAUCAGGGUGGUUCUGGUAAACCUAAGAAGAAAGGUGGCUCCCGUUAUCCUAGAACAUCUGGCUCCUCUGGUUCCUCUGUUGCAUCUCCUCCACCCUGGCGCCCACCACCGCAGGCAUCCUGGAAUCCCUGGGGUUGGGCUCCUCCCCCUGGUUGGGCUCCUUCCCCUUGGGGCAUGCCUCCUUGUCCUUACCCCACAUCUCAGUGGUCGCGUCCCAUGGGUGCUCCGCAGCAACCCGUCGUUUUAGGUCCGCGUCCUCAGGCCUACACCGCUACUGCUUCUCCAGCACCCACUGAUAUCGCUGCAGCUAUGCACACCAUGUCCUUGACUCCUCCAGACACCACGUGGUACAUGGACACCGGCGCCUCAUCCCAUACUGCGGCAUCUCAAGGCAAACACGUUCGGUUGCCUUUUAGUUCAUCUGAAACUAUUACUUUGAGACCAUUUGAUAUUUUGCAUAGUGAUUUAUGGACGUCUCCUGUUUUAAGCACUACUGGUCAUCGUUAUUACGUUUUAAAAAUUAUGAUAUCGCGGCAUGUCAUUUUUGAUGAAACCCGAUUCCCUUUUGCUGACCUAUCCUUGACUCCUGCCCCCUCUUAUGAGUGCUUCACCGAGGACCUCCCUCCUUAUUUGAUCCACCAUUGGCAAACCGUAUCAUCCAGACCACCUGACCCUCCGGUCCCGCCGUCGAGUCCCACUGACUCUUCACCUCCCUUACCGGCUCCCGUCUCCCCUCCUGCUUCUCCCUCGCCUUUGCCUUUGCCUCCGGUCCCACCUGCACCACCUGUACGGACCAUGACUACCCGUAGCAUGCACGGCAUCUCCAAACCUAAAAAAACCUUUUAG